AUGAACAGCUCUGUGGCGCCGAUUCGAUCUGCCCGCCGAAAAAAAAAGGAUAAUAGGGUGCCCCCGCUCACGCAUUACUUGUACCAAGGCUUUCUGAGUGGUUUCCUGUUUACCACUUCACCCGAGAAAGAUAAGAACACGGGAAAAUACAAGAUUCGGAAUCUCCUAGUGCACGAUCAGUCACGACACAUCGCAAGAAUUCUGCACUCCGUCUUCCCUGACGGAAGGAAGAACGACGUCGCCAUAAGGUUCUCCGAAGUCUACGGCAUCGCAGCCGUAAAUGUCCAUCUAUGCAAGGAAAUGGAACCCGUCAAAUUCUGGGCCAGGAUUAAGAACCUCUCCGUCUGGUCAAGCAAAAUCCGCGACGAAGCCUUUUGGAAAUUCACAUACAAGCUGUUCCAGGCCAGAGCCAUGUUCAAGGAGUUACACCCGGGUUGGGAGAACUCCCCUGGCCGCCAUUUGGUAUGGGCUAUCGACCACUUCGAGGAAAUUUUCAUGGAAGAGUACAACGUCGGAGGAGACGAGGAUGAAGCUGCGCGCGUGGAGGCUUUAAGAGUCCGUGGCCAGUAUUUCCCGGUCGAGCUGACCAGUGCUGAAGGGAAAGGCGAUGGCACGGACAAAGUCAUUAUUGGUGACUCUCCCUUUGUUCUGGCCAGUGAUAGCCGUCUCCAGAAGGCUAUGUCGCCAGGAUUGAUCAAUAGCGGCGGGGAUGUGAAUUCGGAAUACAAGGGCGAGAAUGCCACCGGCAACAAAAACGAAGGACAGAAGCCUAACGAGAGCAAAGAUGACCAGGAGGGAGCGGAUGGAAAGCACGGCCAGCAUGUCAAAGAUUGUGACGGUGAUGUCGAGAUGGGAGGGAUCUCUCCUCCGGUGAGCAUGACUCUCGCCUUCCGCCUAAGAUAA